UCUUCAAUACUGGGAAUCCUUAACAUCCAUUAAUUUUGGACGUAUUUGAAAUUUGUUUAUAAAUUAUGCGAGUGUGAUUAUAGUCAUCGCGAUGAUUAGAGGUUUUGCUUCCGUCUCUUUAUUGGUGGUUAUCAUUUUGUUCUGCUGCGAAGGGAAAUGUGCCUCCAAAAAGCGCUAUUUACUAUCCUAUGACAAGAAAACCUUUUACGACGCCCUUCUCGAAUGUCAAAGGGUUGACAUGGAACUCGCCACUAUUGAGAGUCCGGAAGAGAAAGAGAAAACCACAGCGAACGUAAUAAUUUGCUGGCUCGGAGGACUCAGAUCGAGCGAUACCGCAGACGAAUUUAAUUGGGUAAGCACCAGUAAGAAGAUGAUUUACUCCAACUUUCACCACGGUGAACCGAAUAACGCGAAAGGGAAUGAGCAUUGUGUGAAUGUAUAUACGACCAAUAACACAAUAGGGUGGAAUGACGAUAACUGCGACAUGGUGAUCCAUUACAUGUGCCAAAUUCCGAAUCACGACUCGGAAAUUACCACAAGGUCUUCUUCAGUAUCGCUUAACAGUAAAUUGAUGUUUUCGUUAUUAUUGAGCGCAUUUUACUUGUUUUACUCACUGUAAUGUUCUGUUUAAGUAAAAACUGCCCUUUUUUACUAAAAAAUAGUAAUAUAUACUUUCAAAUUGUUUGUUUGUGAAUGUAGUUUUUUAAAUUCUGCUGCAAUUGUCUAAUUUUCAACCAAAUUCAAAACUCAAAAUCAAAACUCUGUUUUUGUAUUUUAUUAUCAGUUUAUUGUUUUCGCCUAGAACACACUGUGAUUUAAAUACAUAUAUGCACUUAAAUUUGCUGCCAGUUAUGUGAUAGACCAGGUAUCCAGAAAGUAUGGAAACAUACAAUACAAAAUACAAAUUAGAUAAUAACCCAUAAUGAACCCCACCCCAACCCAAUGCGGGAAGGGGGCAACUUGUACAUAUUAAAUGGAAACCCCUAUUUUUUUUUAUUUCGGAUUCCGAUCCUAAGCAAUAUUUCUCUUUGAUUAUUAAUGGUUGAUAUUAUAAAUCCGACUUUACGUUGGUUUUAACAUAUAUUUUCUACUCCCUAAUCUAAAAUACUCAAUUAUGAUUAAGCGUUCUCAAAGUGUUACUUUUAACAACAGUGAUGCAAGCGUUUUCACUACUUUAGUCUUAGAACCUAUCAAAAAGUAACGAUCGCGUAGAAAAAGUAUGCGAUACCUUUAUAAACCUCUUCAGAUACUCGGAUACUUGUUUAUAGGUAAAUGAUGAGUUCAUAAUUUCGUAUUUUGGAGUAUGUAUAUAUCAUACACUAAUACAAGUUAUCCUUCAAUCUCACAUUACUCAAAUAUAGUGUUCGGAUUACUUCGUAAUUGACUAGUCAAAUUCAAUCAAAAUGUUUUAAAUAAAAAUUGUAGAGUGUUAUAUAUUAUUAUUUAAUAAUAAUAAUAUGUGUUUUAUUAUAAAUUAUUAUGCGUUUUUGACGUCCAUAUAUAAAUAUUUAUUCUUUUAUUUAUUUAUAACCCUCAUCAACGAAUACCCGAAUACGAGACUUAGCAAUUCGGGAAAUUCCAAUAAAAAUAUCUACUCCAUUUAGUUUUCAGAACAAUGCGAAAUUUCAUUGCAUUUUAAAAAUUAUUUCGGUAAAUUGACGGGUCAACUGAGACAAAAAAAAUUUGACCUGUCAAUUGUUUAACCGUACUCAUAAACGAGAAAAAUUAAGGUACUCUAUUAAAUGUUUUUACCGCUUCGGAUUAAGAUUAAUCUAAAUUCAAAAGUUCAUUCUGAACAAAUACUUAAUUCAAAAUGAAAUAUUGCUUCGUCGAUAUACUUUAUGCGCAUACUAAAAACAAAAUAGUCCUACUUGAUUAAAUUUAAAUUGGUUUGGCACGCUUCAUUUCUGUGUUAGUGCGGCUGUAAUGUUAAUCCUAUCGCCGUUUGGAUAACAUUUACAAAACGUUCGUAGCCAACGAAAAUAUACAAGCUGCGCUUUGCGAUAUAUUUUAUGACAAUUUUAUUUCCGAUUUUCGAUGAUCGGGGAACACUCAGAAGUUUAUGAUUGGACCUGUCGAUUACUUGUUCAAUUUUAUUUUGAAAGUAAGCCCUUCGAGAAUAACCAGGAUCAAUUCAAUACUUAUCGAGUUAAACGUUUAUUAUAAAUUUAAUCUGUUUUAUAGAUUAUCAGGAUAUUGCAAAACACUAUGGCGAUAGCAAAGAAGUUCAUUCUACACGGGGUGAUAAAAAUUUCUUAAGCAAAUUAGUUUUUCUGUCCACAUAAAUAUCAAAAUUAAUCUCUUGCACAUUUUGAUGAAUAUUCAGACUACUGAUUCCAGUUGCCUUACAUAAAGCAAACUAAUUUUAUUAUUUUGAGUAAAGUAGUAUUUUAUUAUAACUUUUUUUUUCCGAUAUGGAAAUUAAUGACAAAACUAAAAUUAAGGUAGUUAAGUAUGUUCCAAUAAUGAUUGUAUAACAAAUGUUACAAAGUAUAAUUUCUUUCUUUCUUUCU